AUGGAUCGAGGUUUGGUCGUCAAGAAAUCCUUCUUUGUCAUUUCCUCUCAUGGUGAUAUCAAAGAUUCCUAUGAUUUCGGAAAAAAGCUUGGGGACGGCUCUUAUGGGAACGUCUAUCUUGGCACCCACAAGGUCACAGGCCAAGUAAGAGCAAUUAAACAAAUUCCAAAAUCUCGAAUCAGAGACGCAGAAAGGCUUGAGUCCGAAAUUUCAAUCAUGAAGAACUCAGACCACCCCAACAUUGUGAAGCUUUACGAAGUUUUCGAAGACGCUCGCUUUAUCUAUCUUGUCAUGGAAUGCUGCUCAGGUGGCGAACUUUUCAACUACAUUAUUGAAAAGAAACAGCUGACUGAGAGAGAGGCUGCCCACUUGUUCCACCAGCUUCUCAGCUCGAUUCGUUAUCUUCAUUCUCACAACAUCAUCCAUCGUGACCUUAAGCCAGAAAACUUGCUUUUUGGUGGAAAUCCUCACCAAGGUGCUGACCUGAAGCUUUGCGACUUUGGGUUGGCGAAAAUAUUCACCACUGGCUCAGAAGCUUUUCGUACCCGCGCAGGGACUCCGUUUUAUAUUGCUCCUGAAAUCUUGGCUGGCAUAGCCUGAGCCUUGAUAUAGCUUGGGUUGUGCUGAUGAAUCCUAAUGCCACUAAGAUCUGACACAGCGACAUUUGCUGGUAAAGCCAACUCCUUGGAUGGCAAAUCUCCAUUUCAGGUGGACUUGACUACCCAAUGAGUUGGCUUUGCCAACAAAUAUUUGGUUUACCUAUUCCCUAAGUGGCAUUCUGAAUUAUCAGAAUAGCCGAGCUAUUGCAAGGCUCGGGCUAUACUGGCUAUGGGAAGACUUGUGACAUAUGGAGCUGCGGAGUUAUUUUAUAUAUACUCUUAUGUGGGUAUCCUCCUUUCUUUGCCAGAACUGAUGCAGGGAUUAUGGAAAGAGUCCGUCUUGGGCGGUUCAAUUUUGAUAGAGCUGAAUGGAAUGGAGUAACAGAGCAGGCAAAAGAUCUUAUCAGGCACCUAUUAGUCCUCAACGUGGACCAAAGAUACACAGUCGAACAAGCUUUAGCUCACCCUUGGAUUGCUUCAAAUGACGUCUUGCCUGAUCAACCUUUGAACCUUAGUGUGGACAGUCUAAGAGACUUUGUAGGCGGACACAGACUUAAAAAGGCCGUUCUCAUGUGCAUUGCUUCACAGUGUUCUGAUGCAGACUUAAGAAACCUAAGAGAGUCCUUUGUGAAGAUUGAUGCUAAUGGAGAUGGAACUAUUACAUUGGAAGAGCUCGAAAGAGGCAUGGCAUCAAUUGAAGGAAUUAAUGCGAACAUUGCUGAGCUUAUGAGAGGCAUGGAUGUCGAUAGAAGCGGCUCAAUCGACUAUUCAGAGUUUUUGGCUGCUACUCUUGAUAAGAGCAUAUAUAUGCAGGAAGAGAGACUUUAUGCAGCUUUCAAAACAUUUGAUCUUGACGGAAGUGGAAAAAUUUCAGCUAGAGAACUAACUCACCCCUUCAUGAGCGAACAAAAUCAUUAGAAAAAUUCCUAUUUUUUGGAUAAAACCCACCCUCUGUAAGCGAACAAAAUUUUUUAUGAAAAAACAUUUUGAUAUAUAAGUGAUAAUUAUUAUAGCCAAGCCUCUAGAUAAUUCUGUUUAAUUUUAAAAAGCUUGCAUUUUAAGACAUCAAUUUUGCAAAUUAAACUAAUUUUACAAAUUUCAAAAUAAAUUUAUAUAUAUAAAUUUUUUUAAAAAAAAUUUAUGGUGAACAAACAAAAUUUUUUUUCGCUCAUGGAGGGGAGUAAGUGAAAUCCUUGGAAAAGAAAGAGUUGACUUAGAUGGGACAUUCUGGGAUGAAAUUAUAAGAGAGGCUGAUACGAAUCAUGAUGGAGAAAUUGAUUUUACCGAAUUCAUUGAGCUCAUGAACCAGAGAAGAUUAAGCUCAUUCAGGGCCUAA